CGAAAAAAAAGAAUAUUUUGUAAAAGUUCUAAUUAGAUAACUACUGAUAGGUACUUUGUAUCACGAGAUACAUCCAUAUAACAUUAUGAAGUUGUUAGUUUUGUUUACAUACGAAAAAAAUUUCCAGAACACGGCCUAGUAGGUAGGUACCUAUAUUCAUAAUUAAAUAGCUAUAAUUAUAGUCGGGUCGAAGACAAAAAAAUCGUCCCGUUGUUCAAAUUAUCCCACAACUCGUGAAUUCAGUCGUAAUCGUAUCAUUUGCCAGUGACGAAAUACCUUCCUGGAUCACCAAGCAACAUAAUAAAUGAAUCAGAGCAUCAACAAUUCCAAUUCUGAACAGCCUGAUCGAUGGAUCGAACCGACACCAAUUUAAUCGAUCGAUUUUUGAGCAUCGGGAAACGUUUCGGUUACACGAGGACCAUAAUGAACCGUAUCCAUCUAAUGUACUGGUUCUUAGGCGAAUAUUAUCAUUCGAAAAUCUUCGACCGGAGGUUUACAUUACUUUGGAUAUUAAUUAACGUAACAGAUAUCGUAUUAUUGUUUUCUCAUCUCAUAUCCUACACAUUUUUCUCACCUACUUUAGAACUAUUCCACUUGCUUCUAGUCAGCGAUAUGAUGAUAAGCGGAGUUUACUUCAUGAUCUUGAUCCCAUUAACUACCAAUUCACAUCGUAAACGCACCACCCAAGCUUUUAAAAUCCUCGAUGCGAAUAUCGAUAUAGGUUUACAUCGAAAUCAACCAAUUGUAGGUUAUUCCACCAUCGUCGAAUUUAUUCGAGGCGAAAAGUACUCCUUGAAGGUGGCUUUUUACAUCCUUACAACCCAAUUCUGCUGCAUGGCUUGUUACAUAUUCUGCACAACUUUAGAUCUGCUCGUCGGAUACACGAAAGAUAAGCUGAGCGAUCCUAGCUACUAUCUUUAUCCUGUCUACUGCGAAGGUAUCCAGAACGCGUACACGUUUUGCGUUUUGUUAUUUUCACAAAUUAUGGCCGCUUCUCCUAUAAUAAUCACGUACUUGAUAAUUCCUUUCUUCUCCAUCGUCAUGGUACGCGAAUUUCACCGUAAAUUUCAAAUGCUUAGCGAUUCGUUGGCCUAUCAGUCUAAAUUAUUCGCAUAUCAUUACGAACAAUUGCUGAAUAAUCCGAGCUGCUCCGUGGAUCUUGAGCAAAAGGAAAAGUCAAUUUUACAAAAUUAUUUCGUACAAGAUAUCCACUCUUAUGUGCAGUUUCAUCAGAAUUUAAUAAGGUUGGUGCCUGUCAAUAUUAAUUAAGUAGAUACAUAGAAUCAAGCCUAUUAACUAUACUUAUCUAAUGAAUUAUUUUUAUUUUAUUUUUUCAGAGGUAUCUCGCAUUUGAAACCUUAUUUGGAAUUCAAUAUGUCAAUCAGCAUAAUUAUGUUUUUAUUUUUCGAAAUAUUACUUCUGUAUACUUUCAUAUUACCACAAAAUCACAAUUCCAUCAUGCGACAAAUCAAAAGUUUAAAUUAUGCUGUAAUAAUUUGCGCCAUAUUCUACGUUAAUUGUUUAGCAGGGAAAUUAUUUAAGGAUAUGGAGGAAAUGUUCAGAGAAGCAGUAUACAACAUACCCUGGUAUUACUUAUCACCAACUAACCGACAAUUAUUUUGCAUGCUACUUAACCGAGCUCAUAUGAAAAUAGAAUUCAAAGCUUUGAAAGUAUACUCGAUGAAUAUGGAACUUUUUCUGAAAUUUUGGCAACAUGUGUACACAGUGGUCAAUGUUCUAAGAAGAGUAACUGUGUAAAACCCCUCAUAUUCGAGUAGGUUUGAAAAUGAUGAAAGUGAAACGAACUAUGCGUCAGGGAAUGAGUAGAAUAUGUACGAAAAGUAAUGUUCCUUCAAUUCGUCGAAUACUCCUGAAUGUAAGGAACUGGAUAUUGUUGCAUAGUACACGAAUGAAGGAGCAUCACUUUUAAUGUAGUAGGUUAUGUAAUUGAAAUAAUAUUUGUAUCAAAUUUUUCAACCUGAUUACGUGUUGAAUAAAUAUAAGUACCUGUGUA